AUGGACUCGGACGGCGAGGACGUCAUGGCCACGCUCAUGGACGAGGAGCUCGCUGUCGCGGCGGCUACCAGGGAUGCCGUUGGAGACGACGAACAUCUGGCGAUCCUCAUCUCCCUCUUUGCCAUGAUCGUCGAGGAGGACAAGCCGAUCAUUGGUGGAUCCGCGCCGGGGCAUCGCAAGAGCAAGCCAAGGGAGAUGAUGGAAGGCUACUGCAUGCUCUACGCCGACUACUUCGCCAACGAUCCAUUGCACGGCGAUGCCGCAUUCCGCCGUCGUUUCCGAAUGAGUAGGAAGCUCUUCCUCAAGAUAGUCGAGAAUUUGAGGGAGAUCGACUACUUCAAACUGAAGAGAGAUGCCAUCGGCGAGCUUGGUUGUGGCUUCACUGAUGUAUUGCUGGCAAGAGAUAAUAAGAACAUCUGCCGGACCAAAGUUUAUGACGUUCCCAAUCGCAUCACAAUUCCCUUUGUUUGGCCGAUUAUGAAGUUCAUGCGGAUGGAUCAGUACCAGCAGAAUGAUUUCCUCAAGUUUUCACUACAUCCUGAUCCAGAAAAUGAUUACCAGGCAAAAGAAUGGGGCAUAUUUAUGCGUUUCCUUCGUGAAAACAAGAAGGCCGGUGUUGUUGAGUUCAGGUCUAUCACCUUCCACAUUCUUGCUCCUGAAUCUCACUCUUACUAUGCGGAGGUCUUCUAUGAGACCGUACUGAAAGAUCCUGGAGUCUGCAGAAAGAUGGAAGGGAAAUCUGGGAGAUCCAACACAAGUGAGGAGACUUGUGAUAACAUACGACAUACAAAGGAGAUGCAGUCUUUACACAAACUCCAUAGAUUUGUUCCGGAAUCUUCAACAUGCGAUUCUAUUGAAGAUGGUCCUAGAGUUUUAGAUCCAGCAGUGAAGAAUAAAACAUCUACCCUUGCAAGCAAUUUUGUGAAAACAAGCCCUAGUUAUUUAAGAACACUCAGUCAGACACAUGCUGGGUGGAUCUUUGGAGCAAUAGCAGAGCUCAUUGAUAACUCUAGAGAUGCUAGUGCAUCCAGGUUGGAUAUUUCCAUCCAAUCUAUGUUUUCAAAGAAAGCAGGGGGGAAAGUUCCUGUCCUAUGUGUAUUCGAUAGUGGCCAUGGAAUGACCUAUCAUCAAAUGAUGAAAAUGGUCUUAUUUGGCCACGACAGACCAAAUGAGCACCGCCAGGAUCAAAUUGGGAGGUUUGGAAUUGGAUUUAAGACUGGUGCUAUGAAACUUGGGAAAGAUGCACUUGUGCUUACCCAAACUUCAACUUCUAGAUCAAUGUCCUUCCUAUCCCAGUCCUUCAAUGAAAGUAAAACUAAUCUUGAGAUCCCUGUGGUGGCAUAUUGCAAGAAAGGGCAAUACAUGGAAUUUGAUUUGAAUGUCCAGUCUGAAGCUGCUGCGGAAUAUAACCUGAAUGCUAUUAAGGAUUAUUCUCCGUUUAAUGAGUAUGUCAUUGGAGAAAAGGUUUGCUUAUUUGGUGAAGAGGGUACUGGCACACAGAUUUUCAUAUGGAAUUUAGAUAGAUGGGGUAAAGAAUACACCUUGCAGUGGAACUCAGAGAAGACCGAUGAAAAUCCUGUAGGCCAUGAUAACAGAGACAUAUUAAUCCGUUCAAAAAGAGUUAGAUCACGUCCAGGACAAACAAGUAGCAAUGUACCGUUGGACUAUUCGCUUAAAGCUUAUCUAGAAGUUAUAUUCCUGAAUCCUCAGAUGAAAGUCACUGUCCAAGGGUCUCCGUCUUACAAACGAGUUGGAGGUCAAAAGCACAAUGCUGUCACAGGUCGUGGAAUAAUAGGAGUUGCAGAUAUUACUGACCUCAUUGAUGAUGAGGAUGGUAAUACUUGGGUUCUUAAUAGCAAACAAGGGUUUCAAGAUUGUGAAAUGUAUGCCAAACUGGAGGAGUGGCUCGGUAGAAAAACAGAUGAAUACUGGAAUACAAAUUUUGACAAUCUUGAAUUGGUAUGGAUGUUUUGCCAUAUGGAACCUUUCAAUGGGAAUUGUGAUAUUCCAGAGGAAGAACUAGAAGUUGCUGUGAUCACAGUUGCCGAGAAGAUAUCUGGCCACAAUAAGGUUGAAAAUUUCAGACAAGAUGAAGAUGUGAAGAAUGUCAGGUUAAUCUCACCCCCAACUCACAGCAAGGGAAUGUCAUCUUCAGAUUCCACCAUCUGUGAAGGUGAAGGCGACGUGAGCGUUAGGGUGUUCGACGACUUAUCCCGCUGCAGGCACUACCACAGCAUCGACUUCGACGAAGACAAUGAGACAAUCAGCUCCAAGAACUGGGACGCAUAG